AUGUCCUGGGUGGAGAGCCAGACCUUCUGGCGCGGGAUAAACGUAGGGGCGACCCUCCUCUCCUCGCUCUUAGAGAUGGAAGAAGUAGAGCUCUGCUUCCCACAGCUGCUCAAAACCUCCUGCAGGAAACCAAAGCAUUCUUCCUCUCAUAUAUUGCUUCUUUCUGUUCUCCUAUCUGUUGUUUCUCUUCUGACUGUGAGUCUUAACAUGCUGGUAAUCAUUGCAAUUCUGCACUUCAGACAGCUUCACACCUCCACAAACAUGAUUCUUCUCUCUCUGGCUUUCUCAGAUUUCUUCGUGGGUUUUCUCUUCUUGUUUCAACUCAUGAUGGUAGACGGCUGCUGGUAUCUUGGCAACCUCAUGUGUGCUCUGUUUGGUAUUUUAGAUUUAAUUAUUGUCUCUGCCUCAGUGGGAAAUAUGGUGCUUAUUUCAAUUGACCGUUAUGUAGCCAUAUGUGAUCCUCUGCAUUAUCCCACUAAGGUCACUCUGAAAAGAGCUAGAGUCUCAGUUUCACUCUGUUGGACUUGUUCUGUAAUUUAUUCCACUGUGAUGUUGAGGGAGAACUUAGAUAAUUUGGACAAAUUUAGUUCCUGUGCUGGAGACUGUACAGCUGACUUUGGCAUCACAGGGUUUAUUAUCGAUCUUUUUUUAACAUUCCUUAUUCCCAUUACUGUCAUAUUAGUUCUUUAUGCCAUAGUCUUUGUGGUGGCUGUUUCUCAGAUUCAGAUCAUGCGCUCUCAAGUUUCAGUCCUCACAAGUAGGUAUUCAGUAAAAGCAAUUCCCAAGAAAUCUGAAAUAAAAGCAGCCAGGACUCUUGGGCUUGUGAUAAUUGUGUUUCUGUCGUGCCUUUGCCCUUAUUUCUGCAUCUCCCUAUUGAGUUUAGACAGCUUGCUCCAUACUUUGACAGGUGUUUAUGUUAUGUCAUUGUUUUACUUCAAUUCCUGUCUUAACCCACUAAUCUAUGCAUUAUUCUACCCUUGGUUUAGAAAGUCUAUCAAAAUUAUUGUUACACUUAAAAUAUUCAAGUCAGGUUCCUCUAAUGUAAACUUACUGCAUCCCUAAUCACUAUACUGUACAGUGUCCAGCAAAUCUGUAAACAAUAUUUUUCCUAUAUUGUUUCUUUCCUUUUAUUUCAAAAACUCAAUCUCCAUGUGUUUUAGUUAGAUUUUUAGGUGUUGGACAAAUAAAUAAUCAAGCAGAAUUGUGAAGGAGAAGGGAAAUAAUACACAGUUUUGAUCAAAGAAAUACUUUACAUUACACCAGCACUCAGGGGCCAGUGUAAAUGGUGAAAAAGGAGAAGGAUUCUAAAGGCCUAUGAUUAAUAGGGGCCCAGUAAGGACCCUGAUAGAAUUACAAAAGUGACAGAAAUAUUAUGACAACUAGUAAUAAACUUACAAUCACCCACUGUUUUAUGUUUUAGGUAAACCAUUUUUGUCUGUUUUGAAAAUACAGAUACACACACACAUUUGCAUAAAAUUGUUAAGAUAACUACCCGCUUCACUUCCUUUAUGAGGCCUCUGGCAAGUUUUCACAGACAGCGAUUGGAGAAGGGGACAGUAAGAUUUUGCAGUCAAGGAACCAAAGAAAGGAAACAGCAUUAGCUCCAAUAAGAGAAAGAGGGAAAGACUUGAUGGUAUGCCACUCAAUUCAAUUCAGUUUGUUUAUAUAGUGCCAUAUCACAACACAUGUCAUCUCAAGUCACUUAACUGAUCAAAUUCAAUAAUACAGUACAGAGCCCCCUUCUGCUGUCUUCUAUCACAGGAAAGGUAGUGUAGUUAGUGUUUCAUGUACAGUUGCAAUAACUUAUUGCAAGUAUAUUUUAUUUGAUUAUGUUUUGUCUGUCUAGUAAAAUGUGGCUGUUUUCAUGUUGGGUUUUCAGUUACAUUCUGAUGUCUUUUUGUGUUUUCUAAGACAUCAGUUUCGUUUUCUAUUUAGUGUUAUUUAAAGUUAUAGGGCAAUCUUUUAUUUACGGGUGGAUCUUCUAAAUAAGUGUACCUCCUAAUUGUCAAUCAUUCUGGUGUUAUGUUUACCUAAUUCAAAUAUAUAUUUGUGUUGAUGAAAGAAAUAAAAAAUGGGUCCAAGAAAUGUUCUGCUAAACACAGACAGCUCCAUUGUAAGCCUAUAGAUUUCAAGAUGAAAUACACAGGAUACAUUAAGCAUUUUAAAUUAAUUAAAACAAAAAGCAAUGGCAUCAAUUAAAGAUAUGAUUUGAACUAAAGACUAAUUUGCAAUGACUAAUAUUGAGUAAAUCACUGACGGUUCCUGAAUUAGUCUGAGACGUAUUGAUAUUGCGGUGGUUUUAAGAUACAUGAUUAUCCAAAGAUCUUAAAAUUAAUUGUUGAUU